UAUACAAGUAAAUCAUUCGCAUUUAAACUAGACAUAAGACUUCAACCUACCCAGAAUCUUAUUUAUCGAUUUGCUGCUUCUUCAUGAUGUCAUCAUCUUUCGAUAUUUCAGAGCGAUUGCGGAUCCAGGGAGAUGACGGACCCGAUGCGCAAAUGCGGGCUCGUGCCACCCAAGAGCAGCAGCACUUCACCGACUCCGCCUCCAGUGAACGCAUCUUCUGCACCCCCAACGGCCCUCUCUCCACCUCCAUCUGGGUGCUGGACAAACGCGACAACCCCACCUCCAUCGAGCUGUACCUUCAGCUCACCGCCGAAGGCACCAGCACCUGGCACGCCAUCUCGCAGACGCCCAUGACCAAGCCGCCGGUCCCCUCAAUUUUAGUGCGCGUCUUUGCGCUCGAGUAUUGGGAGGACGAGUGGUUACUAUGCCACCGUGGCCACUCCGAGCCUAACUGGCAGCUCACCGCGGCCCCGCAGUACGGCAUGCUGCCUGGAUACGGCGAGAGGCCGUGUCUGCUGCGGUGCUGCGGGACGGACCGGCCGCGUGGGAAGACGGCGAGACUUGUAGUAACGCCCUUGGACGGGAGGGACUUUGUCAGCGUGCACGAUUACCUGACGACGGUUCAUCCGUGGCUGAUGAGCUUUAGGGGGGAUAUACUGGAGUAUAUGGGUUUAUGGAAGGGUAAGCCGGCAGAGGAGGAGUCAGUGCUCAUGCUGAGCAAUUUUGUGGGCCCGCUGGCGGUGAUGGGGCAGACGAGGGGGGUUAGGAGUUGGAGUGAGAGGUUGCGAGUCAUUUCGAAUUUGAUAGAUACGGUGUCAGGCCAGCAGGAUACGCUGAGGCAGGGGAAUUUGCACAGCUGUGUUGGGAAAGGUCAGUGCAAUGUUUUGACCGGAGGGGUGGAGAUGAGUUCUGGGUGGAAAUGAGGUUUUAGGCAGUUUACAAAAUCAGCUAGCCAUUUCUCGGUUUCAAGCAGCCAUUACCACACGUUUAGUCCACUGGUAGCCGCGAUACAAGGCCGCCAGUGGCAGACAUUAGAUUGUGUGCGCAACUAGCAUGCGAAAUACGUUAUACAUUUACUAAUAGUUUCUUACUGCAGUUGUUUUCUAGCUGUACUACUCUUCUGCUUUUUGAAC